GGCAAUUGUUACCCUAAGUUAAUAAGGAUGUUUGAACAGCAAUUGAAAUAUUCGUACACCAAACCACCAACCCAGGUAAAAUCCUGUGCAGCAGCUCAAAAUUCGAGCUAUGGAAAGUGCCGUAAGGAUUUUUCCCACUUAACUGGGCAGCGCAACGUUUUUGCAUCCAAAAUCCAGCCGAUACAGCCGGCCAACAAAUUGGACAAAACUCAACAAAUAUACCAAAUCCGUGGUCCACCCUACAUAAGCCAUUUCGCAGAAAUUGCAGAGCUAUCAUCUGUAAAGGAGUGGUCGUCGCUAUCAACCCUAUUAGGCGCCAACCAAUUUUCUCGAAUGAUGAAUGAUCUCAUCCCGAUCGGGGGCCUGACCCACCACCGGACUACGCCCAUGAAACUGAGCAGCAACCAAGCUCACUGCCUUUCACUAGAAGGUCUACAGAAAAUUCCUGAGAACGUCCCUCAAUUGCAGCGGUACGUCGAUCACCGACGAACUAAGGAAGCACUGUCCGAGGAAGCCCAUUUUAUGAGAAUCACAUAACCUUCAUAACGAAGUACCCUCCCUGAUACUGAGUCAGAAGAUAUCUCCGUACAAAUAGCUGCCGAAAAGCUUAGCGAUCAUUGCAGUUACAUCACUUCAUCCAUAAGUUUUAGGAAAAUUUAGAAAUAACAUAAGAAAAAACUUCCUUGAAUCGUCCUAGACGCUAUCGCAAUAUUCACAAUCUAGACUUGUGAUUGGAAAAUUAUGAACUAUAUUUGCAGAUUUAUUGACGUGCAAUUCAUAAAAUCGAAACUGUGUUUUAUACCAUUGUUAAACCACGAC